AUGGGCGGAAGGAACACCACGCAGGUGGCGGACUUCAUCCUUCUGGGGCUGACGGACUCCCCGGAGGUGCAGCUGGUCCUCUUCCUGCUGUUCCUGCUGAUGUACCUGCUCACAGUGCUGGGGAACGCAGGCAUGUUCCUGGCGAUCCGCCUGGACGUUCGGCUUCACACCCCCAUGUAUUUCUUCCUCAGUCACUUGUCCUUUCUCGACCUCAUUUACUCAACCGUUAUCACACCUAAAACCUUGGAGAACUUACUGGCUUCCACCAAAUAUAUUUCCUAUAUGAGCUGCUUCACCCAGAUGUACUUUUUUGUCUUCCUGAGUGCCACUGAAUGUUUUCUUCUCUCCUCAAUGGCCUAUGAUCGCUACGUAGCCAUCUGUAACCCCCUCCGCUACCCUGACAUUAUGUCCACAAGGCUCUGCUGCUCCCUCAUAUUGGGGUCCUACUUCAUUGGAUUUAUGGAUUCUAUUGUCAAUGUGCUUUUCGUGAGCAGCUUGCAUUUCUGCGACUCCAAUGUAAUCCAUCACUUUUUCUGUGACGUAUCCCCAGUUUUAGCCCUGUCUUGCACUGACACAUAUGAUGUCCAAAUGAUGAUAUUCAUUGGUGCUGGUUCCACUCUCCUGGUGUCUCUUAUCACAAUAUCUGCAUCCUAUGUGUCUAUUCUGUCUACCAUCCUGAAAAUUACUUCCACUUCAGGGAAGCGGAAAGCCUUCUCUACUUGUGCCUCUCAUCUCCUGGGAGUCACCAUCUUUUAUGGUACUCUGAUGUUCACUUAUUUAAAACCAAGUAAGUUCUACUCUUUGGGAAAGGAUCAAGUAGCUUCUGUGUUUUACACAAUCAUGAUCCCCAUGCUGAAUCCACUCAUUUAUAGUCUUAGGAACAAAGAAGUGAAAAAUGCUCUUACUAGAAUCAUGCAGAAGAGAGAGGACUCCAGGCAAGUAAAGUACCAAUGA